AUGUCUGAAAGUAUGCAAAAUGGCGUUUUCCGCCGCUUCAACACUACGGCCCCUGCAGACAACGGGGUCAUGUCCCUCUUCCGCCUGACGGGACGAACGGCCAUCAUCUCCGGCGCCGGCGGCGGAAUCGGCCUCGCGGUAGCCAAAGCUUUUGCCGAGGCCGGCGCCAAUGUCGCCAUCUGGUACAACUCCAACGACGAGGCGAUAGCCCGGGCGGCAGAAAUUGAGAAGACUUUCAACGUCAAUUGCAAGGCAUACAAAGUGGACGUCACGUCAUUCGACGCAGUUGAUAAGGCGGUCGAAACUGCCAUUCGCGAGCUUGGCGGACGUCUGGACAUUUUCGUUGCGAACUCGGGCGUUUCGUGGGGCGACGAGACCUUUAUCGACGCUGAUAUCCGCAGAUACCAUGACCUCAUGAAGGUCAACACCGACGGCGUCGUGUAUUGCGCGCAUGCUGCUGGCAGGCAUUUUCGCCGGCAAAAGUUGGAAGGGACGACCAUUGAUGGGGCCAAGCUGGACGGCUUUGAGAGCGGAAGCUUCAUCGCUACGGCGAGUAUGUCUGGCCACAUUGUGAACAUUCCUCGUCGCCAGGCCAUCUACAAUGCCAGCAAAGCAGCACUCAUUCACCUUUGCAAAUCCCUUGCGAUCGAGUGGCUUGGAUUCGCUCGGGCAAACAGCGUUUCUCCUGGAUAUUUCAACACCGGCAUCUCAGGUGCUGUGGCCGAAGAAACCAUGGACGCUAUCAGAGACAAGGUUCCCAUGGGGCGCUUUGGCGAAACGCAGGAGUUGCAGGGCAUAUAUCUAUACCUGGCGUCGGAUGCGUCCAGCUAUGCUACCGGCGCGGACUUUUUGGUGGACGGAGGAUACACGGCUCAUUGA